AUAUGUAAUUUCCUUGUGUGCGUAAUUGCGUGACAGCAAAAGUUCUGGGAAAAAAAUUUGCCAUUUAUAUCCAAUUUCAAACGCUAAAAAUUACUAAAUGGGUUCCCGCAAUGAGUGUCGCAUUUAUGUUGGCAAUUUGCCACCAGACAUUCGCACCAAGGACAUACAGGACCUUUUCCACAAGUUCGGCAAAGUCACAUUUGUCGAUUUGAAGAAUCGGCGUGGUCCGCCAUUUGCAUUUGUAGAGUUUGAAGAUGCGCGUGAUGCAGAUGAUGCUGUUAAAGCGCGUGAUGGAUAUGACUAUGACGGUUAUCGUCUGCGAGUCGAGUUCCCUCGCGGUGGUGGUCCAGGUAGCUACCGCGGCAACAAUCGGAACGAUCGUAGCCGGGAUGGCGGUGGCCGCAUGGGUGGCCGAGGACCCCCAGCUAAGCGCUCACAGUACCGUGUCAUGGUAACUGGCUUGCCAGGUUCAGGCUCGUGGCAGGACCUGAAGGAUCACAUGCGUGAGGCCGGAGAUGUUUGCUUUGCCGACACAUACAAAGAUGGUUCUGGAGUCGUGGAGUUUUUGCGUCACGAGGAUAUGAAGUACGCCAUUAAAAAAUUAGAUGACUCUCGUUUCCGUUCCCAUGAGGGUGAGGUCGCCUACAUACGGGUGCGGGAGGACAGCGGAGAUAAUGACCGCGGUGGUGGUGGUGGUGGGGGCGGCGGUGGUGGUCGUGACUAUCGCGAUAGAUCACGUUCGCGCUCGUUUUCAUCACGGCCACGUCGUCGUGGUACACCAACAUAUUCGCCGGUGCGUCGUCAAUCCUAUUCCAGGUCUCGCUCACGCUCUAAUUACUAAAUUAUACAAUCAUUAUCCAUUAAUAUUAAUAUUUCUUACGAGCAGGAAAAAUUAGGAAAAGCAAGAUAACUAUCAAGACCCCUCCCCCCUAGCUCCUAUACUUACUGUUUAUUCAAUUAUGCUGACUGUCAAACGAUUGAUCAGAUUAAUAUCAAGAAAAGAAACCCUUUUAUCAAGACUGGAGCAAUCCAAUGUGAAUCCCAAAUUAAGAACACUAACAACAGUAAACACUUGCUUUUCUCUCAGAACAGAAAAAUUCUUUUAAAUUAUUUAAUGCAUACAAAUACACAUUUGACAAAUUAAGUUUUAACAAUAAUUAUAAUUCAAGGAAAGUCUCUUUUUCACACAUUCCUUGUUUUAAAAUUUGGUUGCAUUCGUAAAGCAAAAUUUAUUAGAAUUUAUCUUAUUACCAAACAACAAACAAUAAGAAGAAUCCACUACUAUUCAGAAUAAAUAAUAUAUAAACAAAAUCAAAACACAACCAUGUUUAUGGAGUACAUUUACAUAUUAUUAAUAUUUCAUUUUAUUUUCUUCUCUUCCCCAUUUUGCGCGUUUAUGUUUGGAGUAUAAUGAGGAUUAUUGGAGAAGGAGGAAGGAUAAGGAUAAGGAGGAAGGAUAAUUUUGAUGUUGAUGGUGGAGUGAAGUUUGAAGUGGAAAGUGGAAAGGAUAAAGAUGAAUUUGGAGUAAAUUAGAGGAGGCAGGCAAUUUGGAAAGCGUGUUGUUUAUAAAAUGAUAUCAGGAAACAAAAGGAUUUGGAUAUUAGGAAUCAUAAAAGGAUUUGGAUAUUAGGAUUCAUAAAAGGAUUUGGAUAUUAGGAAUUUUCUUUUACCUUCGCGAAAGAAGAUUAUAACUCUAGGACAACGUGGGAUGCAGUUUCCCCACGAUACGAGCUAUAAACAUGGAGAACAGCCUCUAACCUCUUUUGCUUACUUACUAUUUGGAACCCCAUUUAAGAGCUUCGUUACAUCCUUUUGGGUUUGUGUUUUCAAUUCGGAAUAAAGUAAUUUUGUGGGUAUGAGAUAACUUGAAUUAUGAUGUGGAUAACAAACGUGUGCACAUGGACAGGAUAUGCAAGGAUUUUGGAAACGCAUCCCUUCGUGCUUCACUUCAGCAUUUGUUUCACAUCGGAUUAGGAUUUUAAAUUCGCAUUUUGCUACCUUUUGGAUAACAUUUACUCACCACAUUUCGUGGCCUUUUCGACCAUAUCAAUGGAAUUUCCGCAUCAUCCAACGUUGUCUUGCGCCCAACGCUGGAUAGUGUCCGGUCCUUAAGAUCUUCCUCUAUCUUUCCUCUUGGUAUGUUCGAUACACUCGAUUUAGCAACUGUUUUUAGUUUAUUUUUCAUUUUUACGUUUUUUACAUAAACCAAAUAAUUUGAAAAUUUAACACUUGUCUUAAUUGAUGUUGCCUAUGGCGACUUCCUUAGGCAUAUACAGCAUAUACUAUAUAUAUAUUGUAUAUACUAAUGUGUACGUAUGUAUAUUAUAUACAAUAAUGCCAGAGAACAGUUGCCAUAUGCCUUUGUGUAUUUGUUUGAUUUUGUCCAAGUUUUGACUAGAAACUCGAGUCCAAACUACAGCGUAAAUCUUUUGCAUGAGGUUUGCUUAUAUGCAAACGUAAAUGUAUAAUUAGUAUAUAGUACACACUAAAACUAGCGCAGAGAACUAAGCAAAAACAAUGGAAUAAUUCAAAAUAAUUCGAAAUAAAUGCGUUCUCUUUGCUAACGUUUGUUAAACUAACAAUAGAUCACACCUUUAUAGUUUUAAAAUCAAAUAAGUAAAUGAAAUAUUUUUUAAAAAUUAAUAAACCAUAAUACUGGAAAGCAA